CGCACAUCACGCACCUUACUUACUUGAGCAAGGCUCAAAGCAACUUCGCCGCCGGCUACCUGGACAUCCCCGCCCACAACGUUGCCCACAACCUGUCACAUAAAAAGCAAUCGAGGCAAACAAUCACUCAAGCUGUUCGACCAACAACCCAACAACUGACACUCAUUACUCUUACCAAGAUAGUUUGACAGCAACAAACCAAGAACCAUGCCUCUCACAACAGUUGUAGGAAGCUCUGGAUCCGGAAAAACCACAUUUUUGAACGAUGUGCACAAGUCUCACAAGUGUACUUAUAUUCGCCAAUACCAUGCUGUCCGGCCCUAUGUGACAGUCACCAAAGUCCCCAACUUUGAUCCUACCAGACUCCCUUAUUGGGACAUCUACGUCAAUGAAGGCACCGCGGAUAAGAUCAAGGUGGGAGGAACCAUGGCAGGAGAAUUCACUGCGGGUCUCAGUGGUGGUCAACGCAAGCUGUUUCUUUUCGAACUGAUCUACCAGCGUACCCUGAAGCAAUCCAAGCUUUUGAUUGUACUGGACGAACCAUUUGCGGGCGUCACUGAUGACUUUGUCCCAUUCAUUGUUGGCCGCUUGAAUUUGAUGGCACAAAGGCACAACAUCCUGCUUGUGACGAAUGAUCACGUCGAGACCUUGACCAACAUGGCUAACAACGUCAUCACCGUCUCUGCCGUCGAUAGGAAGGUGGUCAAGAUCAACGACCAUAAAACAGUGGACCGUGAGAAGGCAAUUGCCGCAUUGAGUGUCGGAGACGAGUAUGUGUACGAAAGCUCCAGUGCCGACCUCAAGUUCUUCAUUGAUGUCGAGUUGGUCAACAAUGGUGGCGUUAUCGGUGUGGUGGGCUUCGCCGCCUUUUCGUUCGUCCUCUUCCUGUUGUCAUUCUGGGACUCUGCUGAUGAAAGCGCAGCCCUUGUCUUGAUUGCUGGUGGAAUUAUUUCGUACUUUGCCAUCAAUCCUUACCUCUUGAGUCUGGUGGAUUGGAGGAACUUUAUGACAGAAGAAGCCGAAGCAUUGUUGCAUUCAAGCAAGAGCAUGAACAAGUUAUUGAAGACAAGCUUGACCAUGUUUCUCAUCUUUAUGAUUGCCGUUGCAGAAUACGGCUUUGUCAAUGCUGUCAUCGGUGGGUUGGACGACGUCAACUUCCUUAUCGCCAUUCUGUUUGAUUCAGGAUCAAUGACCUUCCCCUUCCUGUGCUUUGGUCUGUACACAAGUCUCCCACACCAAGCUGUUGAAACCCUUUCAAGUAUGCCCUUCCUCUUCAUGAUCUUCUUUUCCACGACUUUCUCUCCUGGCUCUGGCGUCCCGGGUUUGAAGGAACUCCGCUAUUUGUUCAGCCGCUUCUACUUCUGGUGCAUUGUUCCAGGCGUCAAGGAUCUCAUGGAAGGCUGCCCAGCUGAUGAAGGCUUGAACAUGUUGUAUUUGAUGCUGAGUGGUCUUUUGGGUGUCUUCCUCUUCUUGGUGGUCAUGGGAAUCGUUACAGUGGUCCGCAAUGCAAGAAAAGCCAAGUUAUAUGAGAAGCGGGCUGCUUUGAUGGAUGAUGAUGAGUUCAUUGAAUUGCAGGUUGAAAUGUACGGAGAGAAGCAGCUCCGUCGUUUGCAACAUUUGGACAGCAGCAACUCCCUGGCUCAAUCUGUUCCGGCUGAGGACAGGAAAUCAUUUGAGACAACAAAAACCAAGAGCGAGGACGUCUCCUCCUCUGAUGAUGAUAUUGGCUUGGACAUCGAAGUUUAAGCUGUCCAUUUGUCUUCAUCAUGAAUGAAUCAAUCAGCACACUGCAUGUUUAAUAAUCAAUCCGGCAGCUCCGAAAUCCAAGUAAGUGUACAACAUAAUGAACCAACCAACGGGACCGCUUGCAAGAGCUUUUGCAAGAUGUUCAUACAUACAUUCAGGACUCAUGUACGAGCGCACGCUAUCUAUAACGUCAAAAGUAAUCAGUUAACUCCAGUCCACAACCAGAAGGAACAUUAGCAUUUGUAGUUUGACUUCUUGAAGCCAGUACUACCCUGUCUACAUCUGCCGCU